CGAAAAAGACACGAGCUCAAUAGUUGGCCGCGAAAAGACUGGUAAAAAAAACGCCAGCGAAUUGUUACGAUUCGUCCCGUGCCAACCCGUGCAUUACAACACGGGAGUUAGUCAUCGCAUCAGGUGGAUGUCACGAAAAUCAGACAACAGUGGAUUCAAUGUUAGCCCCGAUUAUUUGUUCUUUAUAUAAACUUAAGGAAGCUGGUAAAAUUUAAAUCACAUUUUCUUACACUUGGAUUGGACGAUCACCGAUUAGAUGCUUAUGUACCUCUGAAUAAACUACGUAAAGCCACUUCCUACAAAUUGAAAAUGGUUCCAGAAUCCCUUAAUACUGAGUACAAAGUAUUUGUUCGUGCCGAACGUAAAUCGGAUCUUUUUUUGGAUGAUCUCAUCAAACGCUUCGACGCAUAUCUUACGCAGAGUAGGAGUACAUAUCCUUUACGCUUGCCCGAUUCCCGUUUGAAUAGCUUACCAGGUUCACUUAUCAAUAAAACUAUGACACACGAAAAUUUCCGUUUUGCUAACGAAGAAAAAAAUGAAGGAAUUUCGGUUGAAACGCUAACCUUGGAGGAAGCAUCCGAGCAAUUACCAAAGGAUCAAGUGGAAACAUUCUCAGACAUCGAAAUACAUGACGACCAGUCCGUGGCCCCAAAUAAUCAAACCGGGAUAGCUAACGCAAUAUUGAACGCGAAUAAUGGAUUAAUACGUGGAGCAGCGGUAUUGCAGCGCGAUGUAACGAAAAUCGAGAUGGGUCUUCAGUCGCAAUUGCUUCUGGCCCCAGGCAUGUUGGGCACACUGCUGUUUGAGGUCACUAACACGCGCACAGAAGUAAUAUAUCAUAAUAUACAGGUGGUUGACGAAAGACGAUUUCUAUUGCGUCUUAACCCACAAAGAAUUUUCUUGCGACCUGGAGAAAUGACUAUCGUUACAGUGACGGUUCUGAUACCGAAUGGCACACCACAGGGAACCGUUGAUAAAAUUACUUUCACUUGCCAUGGUGGGGGUACAACAUCGCUAUCGCUCAACUUAAAAGUAGUAAGCUCUUCAGUGGUUGAUGGACAGGAUACGACUGCCCCCUCUAUUGAUUGGACAUUUGGCAGCCGCUGUGAUAACAUUAAAACAGAGUCCUCUGAUUGUGCGGAACGCUUCUGGACACUAGACAUAACUGCACAAGAUUGGCAAACGGGCAUUUUGCGUUUACAAGCUAUGCCUUCAGUAGGGCUGUUGUAUCGAAAUAGUUACACUGUCGGCUCCACAGAAGCACUAAAAGCUACUUAUAUAGCGACAUGCUGCGAACCAAAAGUGACAGUUACUGGAUUCGAUGUGGCAGGCAAUCAGCGUUCGUACAAUAUUGAUGUACGCGACUUAGUGCUCACUGAGGCCUCUAUAGCCGCCAUAGUACUAGGCGCAUUGUUGCUUCUUCUAUUAAUUAUAUUAUUGAUUUGGUUAAUUGUUUGGUGUUGCCGAAGACGCCAAGUUUCACUGGACCUGCCAACAUACCGAUCACAUUCAACAAGAAGUAUGGAAUAAAUUUAGAGUAAAGAAAAGCAUACUUACAUACCAAAACAUAUGUAUAUAUACAUAUAUACCAAUAUAGUACAUACGA